CUGCCACUUGCUUUUCCUUUGCCAGAAUCGGCUUUUAAAUUUGGGAAGACUUGUGUGCAAACAGGCAAACCAGCGGCUCUAAAUUCAAUCAAUGAAUGAAUCUUGGUGUUGGGCACUCCAGUUUCCAUGUGAUGCAGUGACGGUGCAGCUAGGUAGUGAUGUGCGAUAUUCAUCAACUUUGGCAGGUCGCGUUGAUGAACUAAGUCAGCGGUAUGGAAUUCGGCCAGGGUAGCAGGACUCCGAUGGAUGUAAUACCAGCUCCGAGUCUGCAACUCCGGAUCCAACGUCGUGAGACCGAGCAUCUUUGGUAGUAACGAGUCAUCCAGGCAUCGCGUAACGACCAGUAGAAGAUACGGUCACGGGUCUUGCAGUCCAAGAAUCUCCCAUCACUGUCACUGUUUCGCCUAGUUCAAAUUAACAAUCAAUACACACACGGGUUUCCGGGAAGAUAUAUAUGUUUUACCAAUCUGAGGUGGGAACUUGUGAAUUCCUGAAGGCUUUCAUCCCCCCCAUCAUCCAUGUUGUCACCUCCAACCAUUCUCAUUUUCACGGUGGUGAUUACAUCGUGUGUAUGGACAUUACUACGUCGAUCUCACAAGAACCUUCCUCCUGGUCCCACUGCAGAGCCACUUAUCGGCCAUGUUCGUAUGAUGCCUCAGGAAUUGAUCGGAGAAACCUUCUAUGAAUGGUCUAAAACAUACGGGGACGUUAUGCUUCUCAAAGUGUUCAAUCGCACGAUUAUCGUCUUGAACAGUACGAAGGCAGCUCAUGAACUAUUGGAAAAGAGAAGUCAGUAUUACAGUUGUCGGCCUCCUUUCCCCGUUGCCGAUACGAUGGGACUGGGUCGGCAGCUCGGGUUUUUACCAUAUGGGAAACAAUUCCUCAAGAUCAGGAAAGCUUUCCAGCAAUAUUUCAGUCGUCAAGAAAGCUUCGUUUUCAUGCCGAUCCAACUGGAAGAAUCCCGUUUACUUGUAAAGAAUUUGAUAGAAGAACCUAUUGAGCGGCUGGCACCCAAUCUGUACAGGUUCACCACCACUGUUAUCACGAGUGCAGUCUACGGUCACAGAAUCACAGCUGAAGAUGACCGAUUCCUCAAGAUUGGAUCUGCGUUAGAGAAUGUUAUCAUUCAUGCUGGAGCUGUCGGGAGCACCCCCGUCGACCUUUUCCCCUGGCUCAAACAUAUGCCAUCGUGGUUUCCUGGGACGUACCACCACAUAUAUGCUCUGAAGAGCCGCCCGAGAAUCCAAGUAGUCUAUGAUUAUCCCUAUGAAUUCGUUUUAGACGAAAUGUCACAAGGGAUUGCUCCGCAUUCCUUCCUCGCGUCUCAGCUCCAGGACCUCGACCCCAAAUCCCCGGAAUACGAGCAAGACAUCGAAGAUAUCAAAACUAGCGGAGCCACAGCCUUUCUGGCGGGCGUUGACACGUCCCUUUCGAGUCUCAUGACUUUUCUCCUUUGCAUGGUCCUCAACCCUGAAAAACAGCAUAAAGCUCAGGAAGAAAUCGAUCGGGUGAUUGGGACCGAGAGAUUACCUGAAUACACUGACCGGGGUUCACUACCUUAUAUCGAGAAUGUUCUGCAGGAGGUUUUGAGAUGGUAUCCAGCACUUCAUUUCGCGAUACCUCAUCGAGCCACCCAGGACGACAUCUACAGAGGGAUGUUCAUUCCUAAAGGAGCGGUCAUUUUCCCUAACGCUAGAGGCAUGAGUUUGGAUGAAAAUGUCUACAAGAAUCCAACCGAAUUUCGCCCCGAACGUUUCCUCCCCAAAGCACAGGGUGGACAUGAGGAGCCGUACUUCAACGCUGGCUGGGGUUACGGACGAAGGGUAUGUCCAGGUCGAUUCUUGGCCGACGUGAGUUUGUGGCUAGCGAUGGCCACAAUAUUGGCUGCGCUUGAGCUCAGCAAGGUUAAGGAUGAGAACGGUAUUGAGAUUGACUUUGUCCCAAAACAUAAAGUUGUCUUCGCUCAGCAAUUCGCGCCAUUCCCUAUGGAGAUUAAGCCGCGCAGUGAUAAGGCUACUCAAUUAAUCAGGCAAGCGACCCUGGGUCUCGGGAUGUAG